UUGCCUUCUGUCAAUUAACAGGUCCUUCUUUUAAGGCAACGAUGCAGUUCUUGGGCCGGCUGCUGCAGGACACCGUCUCCUCCGUGUCGACCCUCUUCACAAACCCUUACCGGGUCAGAGACGUGCCCCUGUCUGAUUACGGAGGAGGAGGCAAAGUUCUGCUGAAGCAGGAGGGUCGCUUGGUCCUGUACAAAAACACACAAUGUCAGUCAUGGGACUGCGUGCUCAUGUCCACUGAGUCGCCAAAUGUGGUUCUCAGGCUGUUUCAGGUGGGAUCAGAGGAAGAUGCCAUGAACCUGUUCCCCCAGUACGCCCUCAAACUUCGACCUUUCUACGAGAUUCUCCCCCUGAAGGCUGACACAGUGCAGCCGAUCGUGGAUUGCAUCCGCCAACAUCUCGACUGGAGCUCUGCUCACAUAGCUGUGGAGACUGGCAUGAGGCAAUGUCUCAAACAUAACUAUGUCCAAAGCCAGAUCAAUGCUCAAGAUGCAUCGGGUCAGACUCCUCUGCACCUGGCGUGUGAACGAGGUGACUUGGCAUGUGUGAAAGAGCUAUUAGAGGAGAGUCAGGCCCGCACCGACAUCAAAGACCAAAACGGAGAAACCCCCAUGCACUAUGCCUCCAAGCAGGAUUCUCCUGUCAUCAUCCAGGCUCUUUGUUCACGGCUGUGCUCUGGGGUGAACGAGCUCAACAACAACGGAGAAACGCCGCUCCAUGUGGCCUGUCGCCUGGGCCGGGUAGAGUCCGUUAAAGCCUUGCUGGAGGGUGGGGCGAAGUGUGACGUCACCGGUAGUCAAGGAAAUCCUAUCCACGCUGCUAUGAAAUACAGUGAGAAGGGCUGUGUGGAGGAGAUUCUGAAAGCAGACCCAUCCCAACUCCAAGCUGAAGACUGUGUGUACGGAGGGACGCCGCUGCAUUGGGCUAAAACAGGCGAGAUGUGCCGCAUGCUGCUGGACCGCGGCUGUGAAAUAAACUACCUCAGCAAGACCGGAGAGAGCGCCCUCCACAUUCUGACCAGAAAGGGUCGCUUUGAGGCGGCCAUGGUGCUACUCACCCACGGGGCCAACGCCAACCUGCGGGGGCAGGAUGGAAAUACAGCUCUGCACCUCGCUAUGAAGAUGGACCACAUGGAGUUGAUCAAGGGUCUGAUCGUGUUUGGAGCCGAUGUUGAGAUCCACAACGACCUGGGAGAAACGCCUGGGCUGAUCGCUGCGCGCACCAGCAAAGGUCCUAAUAGAAAGAUACUACUGGAGAUGCUGUGUAGUGUAGGAGUCCAGCGCUGCCUCCCUCCUUCCCCCGGCAGUCCUCCUCCUCCUCCAUUCUCAAACAAGACCAAGGCUCGAGGCAUAGGGUUCGAUGACAUCAUGUUUGUUGGUGCUGCCAUAGGAGCAAUAGGCAAAUCUGAACUUGAUGGACCAACAAUGGGGAAAAAAAAGAUUGACAGACUGCUGUGUCUAGAUGGUGGAGGGAUUAAAGGUCUGGUGCUGAUCCAGAUGCUGAUCGCUCUGGAGAAAGAGGCAGGACGGCCGACCAGGGAACUCUUUGACUGGGUAGCUGGAACAAGCACAGGGGGCAUCCUUGCUUUAGCAAUAAUCCAUGGUAAGUCCAUGGAGUACCUGCGCUGCUUGUACUUCAGAAUGAAGGAGCAGGUGUUCAAAGGGUCACGACCCUAUGAAUCCGCUCCACUGGAAGACUUUCUGAAGAAAGAAUUUGGAGAAAACACCAAGAUGACAGACAUCAGAUUCCCGAGGGUCAUGGUGACCAGUGUGCUAGCGGACAGACAUCCGGGCGAGCUCCAUAUCUUCAGGAACUAUAACCCACCAUCUCUGAAGAGGGAGCCCGCAUACUCCACCUCCGCAACCUUCAAGUCUCUGACCAUCCCACAGGGAUGGGAGGAUGAGGAAGUGUUGGUAGUAGGAUACACAGAGGAGCCGCCCACAAAGCGUAGGAAGGUGACAGACGAAGAACAACUCGUCUGGAGAGCUGCCCGCUCCAGCGGUGCUGCCCCCACCUAUUUCCGACCGAUGGGCCGCUUCCUGGAUGGAGGGCUGUUGGCCAACAACCCGACACUCGACGCCAUGACAGAAAUCCACCAGUUCAACAAGUCUUUAAAGGCGGAGGGCCGUGAGAUGGACGUCAAGAAGCUGGGUAUAGUUGUUUCUCUGGGAACAGGUAAGCCCCCUCAGGAGGUGGUGACAUCUGUGGAUGUUUUCCGGCCCUCCAACCCUCUGGAGCUGGCCAAGACAUUCGUAGGCGCCAAGGAGCUGGGCAAGAUGUUGGUGGACUGUUGUACGGACUCUGAUGGUUGCGCAGUGGACAGGGCUAGAGCCUGGUGUGAGAUGAUCGACACCAUCUACCAAAGACUGAGCCCCCAGCUCUCUCAGGAGGUGAUGCUGGAUGAAGUGAGCGACGAAGUUCUGGUGAACAUGCUGUGGGAAACUCAGAUGUACCUGUUCGAGAAAAGAGAAGUCCUCCAGUCUCUUGCAAAAAUGCUGCAGUGAGGCCGAAAGGAGAAGGAAAUCAUAAAGAGGGCCCACAAGCAAAGUCUAAAAAUAUUCAGCAGUCUACAAGAACUAGCACUGUUCAGACAAUAUUAAACUGUGGGGCUUCCUGAAGGGUCUGGGAUGGUGAGAAAUAAAACCACUGUUACUUCCACAAUUCUACUGACAUGAAUGCAAACGAAGAGACGUUUUAAACCUGACAGAAAACGUAAUACUGAUCUGUCAAGAAGAAAGACAUGUAGCAUCAUUUGACCUAAUCACUGACCUCGUUCUCCACUUUACCAGGUUUACAGAUUUUCUAUGAACUAAUGCAGAGGCGUUUGUACUUUUGUUUGCGUGUGAAUACACACAGAGGGUGAAAACUGGACAGAAAUGAGCUGCUGUCAGUGUCUGCUGCUGCUUCCCUCUCUUCACUUUCUUAAACGCAAUAAGAGUAAAAAAAACUUUUAAUCAGUUUGGGGUUAUUUGGACUAAAACUGUAACAACCUCUUCCUUAACCCCUCAAAUGUUCACCCAAACACCUAAAACACACUCCUUAUACUUUUUCCCUCCAUGCCAAUAUGAUCAAAAGUGACUCUGAAAUACCACUGGGUUUUCUAGACCAUCCCGCAGAGCAGCUGUGAUCAUUUACCAGUUCUGCCUUACAUGUCGGUAACCUUCUCUUUCCACAUAUUCCCCAUUGACUUCACACAUUUAUAAGGUUAUGCAAUUAACUUUAGACGGAUUAUUAAAGCAACCUCCAGAGCGAAGACCAAACUUACUACCUGUUUCCAAGUGUUUUCUGUCCUGAUCCAACAUAUGUGAAGUAAAAACCUUUACAUAAGUAAACUGACCUAAAUGUAAUGGAACGUAAAACUUGCAAAACAUACAAGUAUAACAAAGUCGAAUAAUUGUUUUGUAUUUUUUUUCUAUCAAAUAAUGACGUGAUUACUUAUAUGGUAAUAAAUUAUAUUACUACUGACCUAA